GUGGUCGAGGCCGGGUCUCCGCCACUGGGCCCGUGAGGAUGGUGCUGGGUGGCUGCCCGGUGAGUUACUUACUUCUGUGCGGCCAGGCGGCUUUGCUACUGGGGAAUUUACUUCUCCUGCACUGUGUCUCUCGGAGCCACUCGCACAACGCGACCGCAGAGCCCGAGCUCACAUCCGCUGGCGCCGCCCAUCCGGAGGGCUCCGCGGCCCAGAGCUGGGAAUAUGGCGACCCCCAUUCUCCAGUCAUCCUUUGCUCUUACCUACCUGAUGAAUUUAUUGAUUGUGACCCCCCAGUGGAUCAUGUUGGAAAUACAACUGCAUCCCAGGAACUUGGUUAUGGUUGUCUCAAGUUCGGUGGUCAGGCCUACAGUGACGUAGAACACACUUCAGUUCAGUGCCGGGCCCUGGAUGGAAUUGAAUGUGCCAGUCCGAGGACCUUUUUACGUGAGAAUAAACCUUGUAUAAAGUAUACCGGACACUACUUCAUAACCACUUUACUCUACUCUUUCUUCCUGGGAUGUUUUGGAGUGGAUCGUUUCUGUCUGGGACACACUGGCACAGCAGUAGGGAAACUGUUGACGCUUGGAGGACUUGGGAUUUGGUGGUUUGUUGACCUUAUUUUGCUAAUUACUGGAGGGCUAAUGCCAAGUGAUGGCAGCAAUUGGUGCACUGUUUACUAAAAAGAGUUGCUAUUACAACCCAGAGAGAUAAGUCUUCUGAAUUCAUCUUUACAUGCUCAGAACUGUUCCUUGAUAUCAGAUCUAAUCAGGUCUUUCCCUCUUUGGAGAGAAUGGGCUUGGUUAGGAAAGUUUCUUGUGACUUUGGGAUUUUCAGCCCAGAUUUUACCUUGCACACUAGAAAUGACAAGGAAACAGUGUGGGAAUCAGGUUUAUACCUUUCCUUGUAUACACAAUAUAGUCACUAACUUAACAGCUAAAGAGGACUUCCAUACUCUUUAUUUCAGUAUAUUGCAGCAUCCUCAGUCCUUUGGAACAAGUGGAUGUAACAGAAUGAGCAAAGUGAAUUUUUUCAUUGAAAGUGAAUAUUUUUAGCCUUACUUGUGACCCUGAGUCUUCAUGCAGAGGCUAUCUGAAAUUGAACCAAUGAAAAUCCUCCGCAGAAAUGGAAAUGACCAUGGAUUUUAAUAUAUACUGAAAUUCUAACUUCUGAAUUUAAAUUACAGAAUGCAUUCUGCCAGUCUUGAAUCCUGUUUGGAUUUUUCAAUAGGUAGAGUGGAACUCAAAAUUAUAAUUGUUUUGUGAAAAUUUAGGUAUUCAAAACAAACCACCCUACUAAUAAACCCUACUCUUUCUCCCUCACUAUGCUCCAGAGCUAGUAAAAAACAGUGAAACAAUUUCUUGAUGCCAACUUUGGAAGCCAACAACUCAGAUAUGUCUAAGUUUAACUCUCCUCCUGGCAAAAUUUUCCUACCUAAAAAUGAGUAUUUAUCAUUUAAAGAGUCCAUGCUAUAGGCUGAUAAAAAGUUUUCAUAUAAGUAACUAUAAAACUUAACAUUUAGGUAAUGAGAAGUCUCAUGCCUUUGGAAAGAAAAACACUCUUACUAAAGGAUACUAUUGCUGACUGCUGGGUAAAGUUAGGAUGUGAUUUACAGGGGCAAAGAGAAACUGAACACAUCCUGUCAAAAUAAGCAUGGUGCCAAAAACUCUCACUGUAGGCUAUAUCACUUAAUCAUAGGGAAAGAGGUGCAACCAAGCUUUUGCAUUCCCAAAUCACUGGCAAUAAAAGGAAACAUUCCAAAUUAUAAGUGGUUUUCAAAACUUAGUUCCCAUAAUUUGUAAUCUAGGUUGAAAAGAACUGGUAAAUAUAAAGUAAAAGGGGACUAUUAUAGCCAAGUCUAAAAGCCUACUAUUCAAGGUAACAUAAAUCCUGGAAACCAUCAAGAUAUAACUGCUCAGUUUCAUAAUUGACUUAAAGAUCAAGAAUCACAAUUAAAAACCUCUGGAUAUGCUUUAUCAUUUUGAAGAAACUUUCCUAAGAGUUUUAAGCUUUCUUGUCCCUGAUCAGUGUGAUCACUGUUCUUACUAUAAAAAUGGUGGCAACUAUGUAAAAAUUAAAACAUUCUGUUCUCUUGAAUAUUCUGUACCACACUGACCUUUACUUUGUUUGUAACAGUAAUAAUUGGUAGAUUCUUAUUUAAUUGUGGAUCAUGAAGAAACUAUACCCUCUCCCCAGAGUAAUACACAUUCAUAAAAUUUUGCGUAGAAUUAGAGGUUCAAAGAUGCUAUAUUAUUUUCAAAACUUAACUUCUAAGACAAACCUGGAAAACAGAAACUAAAAUUAAAACCUUACCCAUAAGAUACUAUUUUAAGUCACAAAUCCUACCUCAUUUCACACUGUUUUGUUUUGUUUUUAAUGUCCUUAAGGGUAGGCACAAUCCCCAUCAAAAGUUAUUUUCUUAAAAAAAUAACUUCGGCAGCUUUCAGACUUUAAAUCACUAAUGUCAAAAGGAGGACCUUAGGUAAAAAAGGUAAAUGUCUAAAUUAUUAAAUUAUUUGUUGUAUAGUUAUAGAGGAAGCCCUCCUCACAGAACAGCUAUUGGAAAUCAAAGUUGUUUACACUCCAGUGAUAACUUGAGAAUCUUUACUACCCCCUCUGGCAAUCUGCAGUUGUCAGUUUCAAUUUGAAAGCUAAAUGAUAUCAGUCCCUCUAUAUCCACAAACUCUGGGCAGUGUGGUACAACCUGAAAAGCUGAUUGGGUAAAGGAGUAUUAUUGAAAAUUUGAUUUCCUUUGCACUCUGGACUCAGGUAGUUUCUUGUUAUUUGGUGGAUAGAUCUACUUCUAUCUCUGUGUGUUUGUGUUGUAUCUAUGUGUGGCCAUAGAGAAAUUUUAAAAUACUAAAGUGGGCUCUUGUCAGGGUUAAAUUAGUAACUGUGCCUGCUUUUUCCAUUCUUUCUUAUCUUUAAAUAAAAUUUUGUCAACUCCCCAGACUUCCUGGCACCAUGUCCUCCUACUUACUUUAGUAAGGCUUCUUAGCAGCAGUAUAGCAUCCCCAACUUAAUGUUCCCUGAAUGUGUGUGUGUGUGUAUGUGUGUGUGAAAGCAUUCAUUUUUCUUUAUAAGAAAGAGAUUCUAAAACUAUCCUUGCCGUCUUUAGCACAUCUUCAAUGCAAAUCAGGUAAUACAGCUUUGGUUUUGUUACGCAGUUUCUCUUUAAAACAAGAUACUUAAUAGAUUAUUUCAGGUGUGACUGUCAUGAUCAAAGUUUGACUUCCUCGGCGAACCUUGAUGGAAAGGAAAUCAUUGUCCUUAACAGCUUCAAUAACAUCAGUUGUGGUGGCAACAGGUUGUCCAUUUAUGCUGACAAUUACAUCGUGGUCUCUCAACCCAGAGCUGGGAAGGAGGGAAAGAAGGACCAUGAGACUAAUAGUUAAAUGUGUCCCCAUCCAGAAUAUAUUUUCCUGGCAUUAAACAUACAAACCAGGAAUAGGGUUAGUGGUGGUGUGUGUUUGUUUGUUUGUUUUUCCUUUCUGGUAUCCAAUCUAUUAUUUUAUUAAUUUUUUGACUUUUUUGCAUUGUUCAUAUUUUUAUAGUAUUUGAUUUCUCCCUUCAGGUGUAGUCCCCAUAAAUAUCCCACCGCCAUAUCACCUUUGAACUAUCCCCAUGGUCCCUUGUGCUCUUCCCAACACUAUUUUGAUCUCUUUUCAAACCAGGAAUAGGCUUAAUCCUCCAAAUAAAGUGCUAUUCUAGACAUAACUGCAGAAUCACCUGGAGAACAGCAAUCCUAUUUACCGUCAUAAAGUUAAUAUUCAAUCAGAAUCAUAUAUAAGAGGUUCACAUCUCCCAUCCUAGAUUUGGUUUGGAAUGGGGAAUUUCAUUCAUUUUGGAAUUUCUAGUAAACUCUGACCUCUGUUAACCUCAGACACACUCCCCCAAUCUUACCAGCAAACAUAAAGUGCUCAAUCAAUAAAUUUUUCCCCAGACAGCUAUACUCAGAUCAGUUUGAUUUUUGAGAGCCCACUUACUUGCCUCAUCUUGAAGAACCAGGUAGUAAAUUGAGCUGUAUGAUAAAACUCUGCUUUCAGUAAGUGAAAACCUACUUGGAUAAGUCAUCCUCCCAAGUCUAAACUUAAAUUCUAGUUUUAGGCUCUUUUUCCCCUAAGUUGUGAAAUUCAAUCUCCAACAUGUUAGCUUCACACAGAAUAUAUAUUCUAGAAACAAAAAGCAGCUCUAAAUUUUCACAAUAAAAAUAUAGCCAUGCUGAUGAUUUGUCUUGAAGUCAAAAAUAGGCUGGAAAAGGAACAACAAAUGACACCAGGAGAUUCCUUUUAAGAGAAAUGGGAAGCCCAAAAAAGAAUGAUAUGUGGGUUUAUUUAAAAAAAAAAAAAAAAGUGGAGGGAAGGAGCCAGGAAUUUAAAGCCAAAGGAUAUGAAGAGAUGUUUGAGGAUCAAGCUAAACACAAGGAAAAUCUUUAGAACAAGAACAGCUCAGGAGGGUAACAGAGUGCACAAAGAAAGAAUUUAGAAGUUCUGUGAGUAGAAAGAAAGAAGCCUGCAAAUUAUUGCUGAGUAUAAACUGUACACCAAAUACUAGGAAAUGCAUUCCAGGAUAAAUGACUUUCCUCAUAUCCCACUGCUUGUAAGAAGUUAAAACAGGAAACAGGAUUUGGUCCUAGAUCUUUCAGACUUGAAAACCCAACCUUCUCGUCACUCCAUUCCUCUGCCUUUCAGAAAGAAGAAAAGCAGGGUGAUGCUGGGGUUCCACAUCUCUGCUGACUUACCGUGUCAUUCUCAAGUUAAUUACACUCUACCACACAGCUGCUUCUAUUGUAAAAUAAUACCUAUAUAAGACAACUAGGGGCUCAAACAACUAUGUAAAACAUGUUCAUUUGUACCCAACAUUAAGCGCUUAGUAAAUGUUGACUCUUACUGCAGUAAUUAAUAUUAUAAGUAGAUGUCAGUGGGUAAAGCCAGAGAGACUAGAUUUCCAGUUUAUCGGUGACUUGAUCAAGCAGUAAAUCCUACAUUUCACUGUU